CCUCCCCGAUAUCACUCCAUUCCUAUCGAUCUCGAGACUUGGAGAUCUCUCCCAAACUCCUCCGAACAAUGAUCCCCUCCAGCUCCGGCGCCGGCGACGGCGCCACCCUCAAGCGCAAGCGCGUUAUCAGUACCACCCGUCUCUCCUCGUUCUCCGAUCCUCCUGAAACCCUCGCCGAUGAUCCACCUUCACCGGCCACUCCCCGCCCUAUCCCCGGCGGCUUCAACGACGCUGCCACCGCCGAUGUCCUCCUACGUCUCGAGAUCGAAGACUCCUCCUCCUCCUCCUCCUCCAUGGAUCUCCACCUCCAUUCCUCCGCCCUCCGUCGCUGCCGCUACUUCGCGACCCUUCUCUCCGAUCGCUGGCUCCCGGAAUCCCCCUCCCCGGCGCGGCUCACCUUGAAGGUCCCAUCCGGACGCACCUUCGAUCCUCAUCUCUCCGCCCUCAACCUCCUCUACACCCUCGAUUUCCCCUCCACCCUGCUCUCCGUCUCCGACGCCCUUGAUCUCCUUCCCGUCGCCCUCGAGCUUCUCUUCGACGAUCUCGUCCGCGCCUGCGUCCGAUUCCUCGAGGCUGUCCCUUGGACGGACGACGAGGAGGAUGGUGUCGUCGCCCUUCUUCCCUUUCUCCGCCACGACGAGUCCGCCGACCUCCGCGCCCGUAUCCACCCCGAAGGUCCUACCUCCUCUGAGGAAAUGCUUCACAAGCUUAUCUACUCCGCCAUUCAUAGCCAUCCCAAGGUCGCCAAUGUCAAGGCCUUUGUUGCCAAGCUUCUCCGCGACUACCCUUCCAGGGAUUCCGUUCGCCGUGUCUUGGAAAGGGCGUUUUUACAUAGAUUGGCGACUGUGAAAGAUCUUUUGGGGGAGUAUGCCAACCCGGAUUUCCGGGUAUCUGGUGAUAAUGAUGAGACUGAGGCGAUCCAAAGGUUGAAUUUGCAUGGUGCUGUGGUGAAUGCUAGGCAUUUGUUGUGGUUGGUUGAGAGGAUGAUUGAGUUGAGAGUGGGGGAUACUGCUGUGAAGGAGUGGAGCGAGCAGGCUAGCCUUGCUUCUGAUCUGCAGAGGACUUUCAGGGAUGAUGCUUGGCAGAACAUUGCCCCCGGGUUGUCUUCUCUCAUGAUGCGGUGCACUUGUAGGCUUGCCAAUGCUGUUGCUGCCGGCUCUAUUCUUGCUUCUCGACAGGUGAGGAUGAAGCUCGUCAAAGAUUGGCUUCCCGUGCUGAACGUCUGCAGAGACAUAGUCUCCCCCAUGCCAUCUGGUCACAAAAUGCUGUACCAAGAACUUGAAGAGACAUUUCUGAGGAUCAUCUCUACAUUACCGAUGUCCAAUGCUCAAGAAUUGCUGCAACAGUGCCUGAGCUUCUCCACUCGGAACGUCGAUGAUUGUCCUCACUUGGUCUCAGCAUUCAAUACUUGGUUCCGACGUGCAAAUCGACCAGCACAGGAUGAAAACAAAAAUAAUCCCAGCUGAAGCUUGCACUGGUGCAAUCUAUCUUACAUGAUAUCGUCAAUCGACAGUAUUAUGCAUGUUGCAUCUAACCUGACUUAUUCAAUAUCACCUGUUGAAAAAUAAUCUGUAUAUAAAUGUCCUUGUUGUGAAUGUGUAUAGAAUUUUAACUUUGUUGUUGAUGCUACUCGGACCAGUCUGACAUUUGCUUUCUUUAAUAAUACAAUGGAAAGUGUAAUGUUUCUCUUGCC